CUCUCUCAGCAGACUCGACCAAAGAGCCACUGGAGAAGAUUCACACCAUCCAAGUUCACAAGUAAAAAAAGGACAAGCCACAGAAAAGAAAGCGCUGGAUUCUGGCCAGCUGUCUGAGGAGGAAAUCAGGGACAACAAAGACCAGUAUCAUGGUAAUAAUGCUGAGAAAAGUAAAACAAGCAGCUCCUGUGAGUUUCCCUCCUCUUGUCAUCACUGCACCAAAGUAAAGAGACAGGUAUAUUCACAGACCAGAGAUGGUGUGUACACACUUUGUGCGAUGACCUCUGGGAUGAGACACAACUGGGUCCAAGCAGUGUUAAAGAAUGUGAAGACUAGUCUUACUCCUGAUAUCACAAGCUCCCUUCCAGAGCAGAAGACUCAACAGCAAACACAGCAACCUGAUUCAGAGUCAACCAGUCGUUUGCAAGCACACAAUACCAGCAGCUGGGCAGGGGAUUCACAUCAGCAGCAGAAAGAACAAGAAAGCAAACUGCAGUCAGAAAGAGAGCAGAGAUCUGCUGAUAAAAAUGCUGCAUCGUCUCUCCUCCCUGCCUUCUCUGCUCCAUCUCCCAUCAGUCCUCCUCACCAGGUGGAGGAGGGCCAAGGUGCUUCUUGUCUCCAGUGUCCACUUCUAGCUGGAACCACACAAACUGGUGUGACAUCAUGUGUUGGAGCUGGAAAUGACAACUCAUCCUCUGCAGCGGUGCUGUCAGAUGAUGAAGAACAUUCAAAAAUUCAGAUUUUAAGUGAGCAAAUUAAAACCAUACCCCAGUGUGAGGGGCAACAAAUAUCAGUGAACACCACCUGUGAGUGCAUGAAAGACAAGGAAACAUUGCCAUGUGAGCAGCAAACUGUGCAACUUGUCACAGAGUUGGAACAAACUCAGAAGGAACUGUCACAACUCCAAGAGUUAAACAAGAAUCUGCAGGAUGAACUCGAACAAGAGAGAGAGAUUCAUUCAAGAGAAAGGAUUCAUCCAGAGAAAGAUCUUUCAAACUUCUGCUUGUCUUCAGAACAAGCUUCAGCUUUACAGCAACUGCAGAAGAUAAACCAUGACCUCUACACUGAGCUGGAGGCAAAGAAGAGGAGUCAGGAAGAAGCCAGAGAAGCUGAACUACUGCGAAGAGUAGAUGUCUUAGCUCAACAAGCACAGUUACUGGUCACAGGUGAUGCCACAGCACUUGCACAACCUCAUCUUGAACACGAUCGUAAGUGGCUUCCUGAGCAGCAGAUGGAGCAGGAAUAUUAUGUGGCCUCCUUGAAGUCUCAGCUUAGCAUCAGUGAGGAGCAGAGGAGAGAGGCUGAGUCAUGUUUGACACAGCUGCAGCAGGAGCUGCAGGGUUAUCACAAGCUCCAGCGGGAAGCUGACCACCUGCAGAAACAGCUUCAGGAAAUGAAAACUCAAUUUCAUGCAAAUGAAGAAGCACAGGCUCAAAAAGAGGUUUGCCUGCAAAAGCACUUAACGCUCCUUCAAGCAAGUCAGGACAGAGAACGGAGGAGCUUGGCUGCCUGCCUGGCACAAGCUGAGCAACAUUCACAAGACCUUCAGGAGAGACUGGACAUGGCUGAGCAGAAGGUGGAGAGCAUGAAUACCUGGACCAGAGAACUUGAGGAGGCUCAACAACAGCUUCAAGAGGAGCUAGCACGUACAGUAUCGGUUGUACAGGAACUUCAAGAGGAAAAAGAGCAGCUUGACCGUCACUGUCAAGAGCUGCAGAAUCAAUUAUCUGAGGCAGAUGGGGAGAUGAGCAGGUUGCAGAGCCGCUUGAAAACAGAAGAGACACAUUACUACAAUAUUGAGCACUCAUAUGAGAAAGUGUAUGAGGAACUGCAACUAGCCUUAGGGAAGGCACAGCAAAGGGAGUCUGAAACACAGAACAUACAAGAAGGAUACCAGAAACUUCUGGACAGGAAAGAAGAAGAGUUAAGUGAAGUUUUGCUGAAGAUGGAAGUCUUGGGCAAUAGCCUGGAGGAGACAGAAAUGAAGCUGAAUGAAGUGUUGAAAGUGUGCACCUGUGCCUCUUUUCAGCUGAAGGAUGAGUUGUCAGAGCUUGCUCACCAUAAUGAGAGACAACAGCAAACAAUUGAGCCUCUCACUGUAAAUGACAGCAGGUCAAAGUCAGUGGAUAGUGGCCAACUGUUUAACAACUCAAAUAUAAUAGAUGUUGUUCAGGUAAACAGCAGCAUUUCUCACAAUCAUGCAAGAACCCGAUCUCAUUCGAUUGACCCAUCAUAUCAGUACACUGUCACUGCAGGAGACGAGCCAGAAAUGUUUAUGUCUGUGAUCCAGUUACUUGAAACUAAGCUUUAUGUGACAGAGGAGAAGCUAAGAGACAUAACGCAAAGACUGAAGGAACACCAGAGUCACCACAGCUGCCAGGACCCCCACCUUUGCUCCCAGCUCACUCAGAGUCAAGCCACUGCCCAGCACCUCAGUCUUCUGCUUCACAGUCAGGCCAAGCAGAGCCAGCGCUUCGCCUGGGCGACAGAGAACCGCUGCAGGAUGUUGGUUGGCAGGUUUCAGGUUGCUCUGAACAUCAUACAAGCCUGCAGAAAGAGGCUUCAAGGCACUCCAAUUGAUAUUUCACACAUUGACAAGCAACUAGCCACUGCUGCUGCCUGCCUUCAACAAGGACAGGAAGUUGCAGAGAAACAACAGAAUGAAUCACACAACGCCAGCAGAGGAGAGAAUAAAAUCCUCAGUGGUGAGGCUGAGAGCAACAUUAGCACUAAAAGUACACACACUAAUACAUUAUCAUCAGGGGAUGAUAUGGACUCUGCUGGGAAGUGUUUAAUGAGGGACCUAUUUGUUGUACAAAAAAUGGUGUCUGUCCUUCAGAGUCAACAUGGUACUGGGCAGCUAUCUUUGGUACCAAGAGAGGGUGAGGGGGAUGUGGCACAGAAGUACCAAACCAUAAUCUCCCAAAGAAUCGCCUUAAAUACAGAAAGAAGGACUCAUUCUGGGAGAGCAGAAUGUGACAGUGAUGAACCUUUAGAAAGUAGCAUUAGGACAGCCUGUGCUGAAGCUGAGCUAAUUUAUGUUGCCAUAAAAUGUCAGCAGCUAUAUGAGAGUGAAGUAAAUAAUCAAGAAACUGACCAUCAGAGGAAGGAUCUGACAGAUAUCAGUCCCCCAGAGUUGGUCCCAUAUGAGGAGCGGGUGCAGGCAGAGGGCAGAGGUUUAGAAGAAAUUGCACAACCAGUUGAAAAGCUCCAGUCUAGUGAUAAAACGGUGGAGGCAGAGAAAGAACCAAACUGGUUAGAGAGACUUAUAUCCCGGCUGCAAAGAAGGGUUAAAUUCCUAUGUCGUCUCUGCCAGGAGAUCUCUGAUGAGUGUAGUAUCGACCAUGACGAGGAAAAUGAUUCUGUAGUAGAUUUGAACUGGGUUCACGAGCACGCAAAGUUGUUUUAUUUGUCUGACAGGUUGUACUUGGAUUUAGAGCAGCAGUUGCAGCAAAAUGAGGUGUUGCAGAAGCGACCGCAAGCUUUGUGCAAAGAGCAGGAUGUCACAUUAAUGAAUGAGCAAGAGGCCUUUAAUCGCACUUUAGGUCAGCUGCAGGAGGACAACAGUAUGCUAAGAGAAGAGCUAGAGCGUGCUGAGCAAAAGAUAAUAUCUGUAGAGAAUGGGAAUCAAAGACUCCUAGAAGACAUUCAGAAAAGUGAACAUUAUCAUGAAGAGCACGUGCAAAAACUGGAAACAGAAUGUCAAGAGAAGAUAAGAGAACUGCAGCAGAUCCAUGAAGAAGAGAUGAAGCACUUGCAUCGUUAUUACACCAAGUCUUGUGUUUCCAAAGAGCGACAGACCAAACCUUGCGCAGAAGGACCUUCUUUCAGUGAAAGUCACUCCACCACACCAGAAAUGGCUGCGAAGGAGGCAAAAACAAAAGAGGAUCUCAGGAGUCAAAUGGUGGAAGGUGAUGCAGGAGCACUGAGGGAGGGUUACCAAAAAGAUCUUGAACAACGUCAGGGUUUCAUUGCUAUGGAGGAAAUGCACAGGAAGUUGGUAGGUGAUCUACAGCAGCAGCAUCAGACGGAGGUGGCAGCGCUUCUGAAGGAGAAAGACCAACUGCUGCGAGAGGAGACAGCUGCCACGAUGGCAGCCAUUGUAGCAAUGAGGAGAGCCCAUAAAAAGGAUCUGGAGAAAUGCAGACAAUCUCAGCACAGCAGGGAGAGUGCUGAUGUCACACAGCUGCACAUUGAAUAUGAGAAAGAGAUCCAGUUAUUGCACAAGGAGCUUGAGGUGUUGUCGGUUCAGUACACUCAGAAAUGCCUGGAAAACUCUCAGCUGAGCCAGGAGCUGCAGGAUGAGAGAAAAUCUUUGAUGCUGUACCAAAAAGAACAUCAGGAGCUCAAAAGGAAACAAAGACAGACAGAUGAAAUGUCUCACCUUCACCGCUCAUUAAAUGGGGAGCAGUUACAUGUGGCCCCUCAAAUAAAUGACUUCUAUGAGAUGGAGAAAAAUGUUCCAUAG